CAUUGGUAAAGCCCUGGAGGAGUUGCAGAAGCAGCUUGAUGCAAUGCACUUUGAUGCCAGCAGGCAGAAGACUGACUGGGAGAAGAUCGCCACCCAGGCAGAGAAGAUCGUUCACUACAUCGACAACUCAAAGAUGGAGAGAGCCGCUGGGGACCUCCAACCCAGCCACCGCGGCCCGGUGCAGGACGUGCUUGACAGGGUCCAGGUGGUGUUGGAAGAUGCUGCAAUCCUCCAGGCUAACGUGGUCCAGUUCGAGGAGGGAACAGAGAGAGUGCAGGAGAAUCUCCUUCAAUUGUCGCUGAUGGGCGAAUCUGACGCCGUGCUUGCCACACCCGGAGGCCCGAGUACAUCUCCUCUCACGCCCCUGUACGGCCUGAUCACCCGUAUGGUGGACGCCAUGCAGACGGCCAUGGGAAGUAGCGGCGGUGUGGCAGAGGUUGCACAGAGCAUGGCAGGUCUGACAAUGAGGUGAACUGAAAAGACGCCUAUCAUAGCUCUUUUCUGUUUUCACUGCCUAAAAUUUUAGCAUUUGUUCAAAGUAUUACCUACAUGUAAAGUUGGGAUGUACUAUAUUCCAAGCUUUUGUUUUGUUAAUUGCAUACUACACAGUAGCCAUUGGAUGAUAUACAUUCUUGGUAGAAUACACAAAAGAAGACAGUAUAUUAGAGACCACAAAGUUUAGAAUUACAAUUCAUUUUUGGGAGAAAUUUAGGAACUUUGCAAAGCUGUAUGAAUGUCAAUAUAUAUUUGGAAAUGCAAUGCAUACGGCCGGCCACGAUCCUUGUCGGUCUUAUAUCUUAACAAACUAUUAAGGUUAACGUUAUUCUGGCAUUCCCUCAUCAACUAAGCAAAUGAGAUCCUGACUUAUGGUAUGUUUACUGAUGUUUAUCUUCAUUCAACUUUAAAAUCCCUUGACUACUUGUAUGAAACCUCCACCAUUCACCAUUUGGGUUUUGCUUUGCCAUUAUGCAAAUUAGAUUUCCAUUUUCACUAGAUUUAGAUUUCCAUUUUCAUUAUGUUGAUGUUUCUCUCGUUCUCAGUUACACAUGUAAUAUGUUUUAAUAUUAUCUAGAAACAGCAAAUGUAGAGAAUUAAGAUCCCUAAUUACUGUUACUUGCAGUUUGCCAAGUGGUUAAA